CGCCGCUUCCCGCCCUCCGGGACCGCCCUCAGCGGCCGCCGAGAGGUGCCGGCGCUGGGCCUCGCUCGCCCGCCCUUUUGUCGGGGCCAUGGAGAAAGAAAACCGGUUUAAAUUGUUCGUGCCGCCGCGCCUGAGCGCUGGGCAGGUGUCUGCGGGCAGAUCCCAGGGUUUUAACAAAUACUCGGAUGAUGGUUUUAAGUUGCCAUUCGAUAUGUCGAACCGUGGUGAAAUCACUGAUUCAGAUACGAUUUCACAGCAAGUAAAACUUUGCUCUGAAGUGGAUGAAGAGAACACAGAAACAACGAAUGAAUUGUUCUCAAAACUCUACAAAGAGGCUGAGAAGAUCAAGCAGUGGAAAUUGACUGUGGAAUCAGAGCUAAACCAGAAAGAAAGAAAACUCCAAGAAAAUAUAAAGAUUAUUGAAGCACAGAAUAAAGCCAUUCAAGAACUGCAGUUUGAAAAUGAAAAACUCCGUUUAAAACUGGAAGAUGAGAUAUGUGAAAAUAAAGAUCUCUUGAAAGAAACCACUGCUUUGAGGCAUCUGUGUAAUCUGCUCAAGGAAACCUGCACUCAUUUCACAGAGAAGACCAGCAAAUAUGAGCAGGAAAAAGAAGAAACAAGACAAUUGUAUGACGAGCUUCAUAGCAACAUGGAAAGACUGACAGUGGCAUUUGAAGAGCUUCGUGUGCAAGCAGACAAUGACAGAUUGGAAAUGAAUUUCAAAUUAAAAGAAGAAGCAGAAAAAGUGGACAAGUUUGAAAAGGAAUGCAAACUGGAAGUCAGUCAGAAGGAAAAGCAGAUUUCAGCUCUUACCAUGCAGAGAGAUGAAAAAGAUGGUGUAAUAAAAGACAUCAAGGCUCAGCUGCAGGAAUCACAAAAUAAGAUUGCUGACUUAAUAGAAGCAAAAUUACAUGAAGAAAAAAUGUUAAAGGAAUCCCAGGUCAGUCAAGAACAUUUGAGGGCAGAGCUGGAAGAGGCUAGAAUUUCAUUGCAAAAGGCAGAGGUUACUCAAAAGAGCUUAGAAACCGAAUUCCAGACUACAGUGAAAACAUUAAUUCAGGUCACUGGAGAAAAGGAAGCACAGGAAGAAGAAUGUAAAAAAACUAAGGCUUUGCUUGCAGCCCUGACAGAGGAGUUUGAGAUUUCUAUUGCCAAUUUGAAAAGCUUGCUGCAAAAAGAGCAAAAUAGAUUAGAGAAACAUGAAGAUGAGUCAAAGCUGCUUACCUUGGAGCUCCAAAAUAAGUCUGCUGAACUGGAAGAGAUGACUAAACUAAAAUGUGACAAAGAAGUGCAACUUGAAGAGCUGUCAGAAACUCUGAAAGAAAUCCAUGAUUUGAAAGUACAACUGACUAGUACAGCUGAAAAGGAACAAGAUUAUUUAAAGCAGCUUUUGACUCUGAAAACAGAUCUUGAACAAGAGGCGUUAAAGAAUGAACAACUAACAGUGUAUCUCAAUAAGCUCUCACUAGAGAAAGAACAAAUAACACAAGAGAAGAAUGGUGUGGCUGCAGAACUCAAGAAACUGCAAGAAAGACAAGAGGAUAGUAAGAAAAAAGAAGAAAAUACAAAGCAGUUAGUUGAACACCUAGAAGAGGCAAAUGGCCAGCUAAGAAAUGAACUGGAGUCUUUGAAGGAGAAAAUGGCAAAGACAGGUGAAGAGAUUAAAAGUAAACUGGAUGAAAGAGAAGAAAAUAUGAAUAAUUUAAAGAAACAGGUGGAAAAUAAAACCAAAUGCAUUGAAGAGUUGCAGCAGGAGAAUAAGGUGCUGAAAAAGAAAAUUACUGUAGAAAGCAAGAAAAACAGUAUUUAUGAAGGGAAGGUGAAUAAAUUGCAGUUAGAGAUGGAAAAUAUGAACAAGCAACAUAAGGAAGCAGUUGACAUCUAUCAAAAAGAAAUAGAAACAAAAAAAGUGAAUGAAAAUAAACUUCAUGAAGAGGUAGAAAAGAUGCGGUUGCUUUAUGAUGAAGCAACAAUGAUACAGAGAGAAACUGAUAUCCGAUGUCAGCAUAAGAUAACUGAAAUGGUGGCACUUAUGGAAAAACACAAGCUUGAAUACGAUAAAAUGGUUGAAGAAAGAGAUGCAGAGUUAAAAAUAUAUAAAAUUAAACAGCAAAAGCAGUUAUCAUCAGAAAGAGCACUGGAAAAUGAACUGUCAUGUUUGAAAAGUGAACUGUCAUCCCUUAAGGAACAACUGAAAGCAGAAAUUGAAGAAAAGGAGAAUCUUGUAAAAGAGCACUCUCGAAAUAUGAAUCCUGAAAGUGAAAAGAAACACAAGAAAAUACAAACUUAUGUUCCUGAGACUCCUAAACCUUGUUUAGAUCUAGAUGGUGAAUCUAUUAAUGUAAAAAAUAAAAAGUCUCCAAAUUAUAUUCCUAUGGAAGUCAACACAGUGAAAAAGAAAAAAAAUGCCUCCUUUGGUACCUGCAGAAAGCCCUUUGGGCUGUCCAACAUUGGAGGUUUGUAGCUCCUAACAGUGAAUUUUUCUUGUUGCAUUUUUCUGACUGUAUUUCUUACUUCUCUGUAGAUGCUUACUUAUUUUUUUCCCUGGGAUAAGAAGGGAUCUUAAAGGGUGAGACCAUUCCAUGGCGAUAUUAGAGAGCAGUUUGUGGAAGGGCUCCCAGUGUGUCAUUUUUCUUGCUCAGUUACUAAAUUUCUCCAUUAUUAUGGAUCAGUAGCAAUUCCUGUCCCAGAAGGAUUGUGAAUUUAAUAAUGUCUCUAGAAUUGUUUUACUUAGUCUUAAAAGUGUCCAUUUGUAAAGGCACUUUUUUCUCUAUGGAAGAGAAAAAAGCUUAUAUAGCUGUAAAAAUUGUCAAAGUAUCAAAGUAUUCCUGACUGCAGAACUUACCCCUCUUCCCUGUCAGGAGUUCUCUUGUGGUUUUCAUUUUCGAACAAUAGAAUCCACUACCAUUUUGAUGUUAUCUUUCUGAAAAAGGACUGCACAGGACCAUUGCAAUGUUUCUCAGAAGUUUAACUUCUGGUGAAAAGACUAUUUAAGUAAAACCAAUCUUGAUGUUGCUAUCAAUCUUUCUCUGAAAGCGUUUUCCUGCAAUUUUGUUUGUUUCCAUUUUCUUAGAUGUUUCAGUCCACAUGUAGUGGCUAAAGUUCAGAAUAACCUGAGUUUCUGCAGAUAAGCAUAAAAAACUUAGAUACAAUGUGCCAUGAAAUUCAGUUCUUCCACAGCUUCCUGUUCAUUCUCCUUGUUUGGCACCGAAAAAGGAUAUUUCCACCCCAUCCCACUUUGUUUAGGUCUUUGCUUCACGUUUGGAUGGAAAGAUAAUAGUUCCACUGCAUCUCUCAGGUGUCUUCGUGGACACUCAGACCGUAAACUGGGUCAUGAGUUUGGGUUUAGAUUCUAUACUUAACCCAUUAUAGGAGAAGGGUUCACGAAGGAUGUCUGGACUUCAGGCGUCUCUCUUGAAAGCUGUUUAUUGCAUAGACGAA